AUGACCGAUUACGCCGCAGCGGCGACGACUUCCGAACCUUCUUGGACGUGGUGGAUGACCACGGCGGCGGCAGCGGCGGUCAGGAUGCGAAACCUCCGGGACCACCACCUCGGCGGAGGAGGAGGAGGAGGCGGCGACGGCUUCAACGAACAUCCGGACGACGAAUACGUCGGGCCCAACAGAAAGCGGCAGCGUAUCGAUAGCGACGGAGGCCACGACGAGUUUUGGAAUACCUGUGGUGUUUACGAACGGGAUGACGGCGGAUCGCGGCAGGCAUACGACACGGUAGCCGUGGGACCGCUGGAUUUGUCCGUGAAAGCCACGCUGACGGCGUCCGCGCACAUUGUUGACGAACGACGCAGGGUCUGCGACGGCCGCGGUGAAAAAGACGUCGACGAGUACAGGGCUACGACUCCGGUGAAGAGACCCGCCGCUACCACCCGCAUCUCCAACAGUAAAUCGUCAAAAAAGACUACUGGCGGCAAGGCGGCCUACUCCGGCAAAGCGACUACCUCGGGUACGCCGUCAGCAGCAGUAAAGGCGGCCACCCGGAAACUUUUACCGCAACUACUCAUGGACCAGCGCGUGGACCGGUCGUCCCCGGUGUCCGGUACGAUAAUCGUACCCGCAACGACCGAAGAUCCGACAACGCCACCCCCGCAGUCGUACGAUUCCGGCGACGCGGGCGACCGGGACGACGACUACGAGAGCGGUGACAUCGAUCCCGAGUUUAACGUCGUCGUGGUCACCGAGGAAGCCCGCCGCCGGCUGGAGAGCAUUCCGAACGCGUUGGGUCCGUACAAAUGCAAAUUGUGCAGCGUCCGGUUUUCCGACGCGUUCGCGCUGGCCCGUCACAGGUGCCGGUGUAUCGUGCACGUUCGAUACCGGUGCCCCGAGUGCGACAAGGUGUUCCAGUGUCCGGCCAAUUUGGCGUCACACCGGCGAUGGCACGGCGGCUCCGCGGGAACGACGCCCAAAACGUCAGGCGGCAACGGCCGCAGCACCAAGAAUGCCUGCAACGGCGGAUUAGACAAACGAGAAGCCGCGGCGGCGACGGUGACGGUCGUCGCCAACACCGUUACGGUCAAACAGGAGGAAGCGACCACCACCACCACCACCACCACCACCACCACCACUACCAACAACAAUAACAACAACAACAACAUCGACGACGACGACACCGACGGCGUCACGGUCUACGGCCGAGGCAAGAACGCGGGCGGCGCUGUCGCGGCCAUCCCGACGGCCGUGGCGGGAUUCAAAAAGAACAUAUUGCACAGAGCGGUGCAAGCGGCCGCGGCCGCCGCGAACAACGACGGUGUGGGCGCGUCGUAAUCACGUCCAUCAUAAGAGUAAACUCUACAACAACUGGUAUAACAACAACAAUAAUAAUAAUUACGGUAUUAUAGCUCGUUCUAUAAUUAUUACUUCUGUACGUACGAAAAACUCACACACACACACCUAUGGUAUUAACACGCGAGAUACGAGAGAAAAAAGGGCGUGCCUGAAACAAAAAAAAAACAAAAACAAAAAUCAACAUGCAUUUCCGGGGAGAGAAUAGGUGGUUUUACGUAUUUUUUUUUUUCGUUCUUAUUCCUACGCAUUUACCGCCCGAUCGUUUGGCAUCUUAUGAAACGGAUUUCCCGCGCUAGUGCGUUUUUGACGCGCGAACUCGUCUGCGCGAUAUAAAACACGACCGCCGCUCAGGCACGCCCAAUACAAUAGUAUAUCCUAACGUUAUUUAAAUAGCCGCCGAACAAUACUCGGAACGGUCACCGGCCCCGAGGAUUUACCGCACGCGGGUUUGUGUCCGUCAAUGCCGCCCUCCGGGUUUUCGAAUACAUAUUUUUUAUUUUUUGGUUUUUUUUUUCACAGUAGCUACUAAUAAUAUUCGCGUAAAACGUUAUUAUCAAUUAAUAUAUUAUUAUUACAAAUAUUACGAGGUAUACCAGUCGUGUACCCAAUAUUUAGUAUACACGCGACGUGUAUUUGAAAAUAAUUCUAGUCGUACACGAUACGUGUAAAUUACUGAUUACAAAUAAUGAUUACGGACUCGACGUUAGAUUUUCGACAUUUUCGUUAUAGUUAAUUAGUACCUAAAUUUUUGGAAAAAAAUUUGUAUCUUUAACAUUGACCCGUCUCGUGUCAAUGUAAUUCGUUAUUAGAUUAUAUACAUUGUAUUAUAAAUAUAUAUAUAGUCAUUAGUUUUAAAUAUAUUAUAAUUAUUCUUAUAUAUUAUAUAGUUAACGCGCGCGGUAAGAGUAAUCAACUACUAUGUAUUAACAAUAAUGGUAUUCGUAUUGAGUUUGCGAUUGUUCGAAC